CCAGUGUUGAACACAAAGAUGACUGAAACAAUGAGGACGCUAAUGCUGUUGUUGGGGAAAAUGUUACUAUCAUGGCUCUGGUUGGCGGACAGUCGCCAUGUGCUGGAGUGCUGUAGCACAUGGGAUGUUGCAACGAGACUUAACACUCACUCGGUAACACUUGCACGAAAAGAUCUGACGCAGACUCGUUUAUUGAAACCGUUUUGGACCAGCACCGGAUUGUGCCCACCGGAGCCGCGCAAUGCAAGUGAAGCUUUUUUGCUAUCGCAAGACACGUUGACAAACCUGGAGCUCAUUGGAUCUCUGCCGGCUCGUGGUUUUAGCCAUGUGCGGAUCCAUUGGCUUCUAGAGCUUCUUGAAGUUUCGGAGGAGAGGAACCACUUUCGAUAUAACUUUACCGCGUUAGAUAUGUUGAUAAAUCAUCUGCAUAAUGUAGAACUUUAUCCUGGAUUUGAGUUGAUGGGCAUACCGAAAGGCUAUUCUGAACUACCCUGCAGGAAAACAUUUUGGACGGAUUUAGUACAACAACUAGUGGAAAGAUAUACAGAUCGGUACGGUUUGCAGUACGUAGCAGGAUGGAGAUUUGAAACGUGGAAUGAACCCGACUUACGAAGCUACAAUUUGUUGAACUUUACCGUAAAUGACUAUUUAUCGUACGUAUUUGCCGUCCGGAAAGGCUUGGAUGUAAUGAGUCAAAGAUUUAGUGCUUUAAAUUUGGGCAAUGAUCCUAUGAAAAGGGUGAAGUUUCCUUUGUACGGUCCAGCGGGUCUAUUUAAAUCAGCGCAACAUCAUCCUUUCUGCUGGUCUGUGCUGGAAGUUUGUAAUUCAACCACUCCACACAGCUGUCCAUUCGAGACGAUCACCUUUCAUCGUAAGGGAAGCGGACGUUGGGCUUCCGAAGUGCUCGACGGUGGUCGACAGUUGCUGGAAGAUGUGUUGAAAUGGUUCCCAAAUGUUAAACGUCUAAGCUUUGCCAAUGAUGAAGCCGAUCCAAUCGCUGGUUGGUCCACGGCCCGUCCGUUUCAGGCGGAUGUGCGUUACGCAGCUAUGCUUUUUUCGAUAGUCACUCAACAUUGGUCCGCAAUUACCGACGGGGAUGACUUUCGACAGCACUUACAGUUUCUGUCCCACGAUAAUGCAUUCCUCAGCUACUAUCCGUACGUGUUCGAGCAGCGCACACUGUUUGCACGGUUUCAGAUGAAUCUUACCAAUCCGCCACAUGUGCAGUUCGUGGUAAAGCCAGUGUUUUCUGCACUAGGAAUGCUAGCGAACUUGGCUCCACUCGCUGGGCCAACACAUUACCUAGAGGGUAAUGUUUCGUACUUAGCCUCGAUUGAUGAACAUAUGACGUAUCUUUGCAUGCUAGCAUCACGAUCGAACGAUAGCUUCCCUUUACAUGAGAAACGAUCGCAUUUGAAUAUUUCCAUCCCUACCGAUAUGUUGAUCGGAACUCGCCUCAACUACCUGCUAGAAGCUGUGCAGGAUGGUCGAAACGAUCCAUUUCGUGUGUGGCAGUGGCAAGGCAAGCCACCGUACCCAACAACCGAGCAGUUUGCUGCUAUGCGUGAAGUUCAGCUUCCAAGCAUUUUGCUGGCAGGAUCUCAGAAUGUUCAGCGUGGAAAAGGAUUGUCAAAUAUUAAUCUUUCCUUAAACUUGCGCGCUCCUUGGAUUGUUAGCGUACGGGUAUGCAGUGAUGAUUAUGCUCUCCCUGGACAAGUUUACGGUGUGCGGGUAAGGAUGGUGUUUCAGGAUGAAGUGUUAAUACAUUGGAAAUUGUCAACGGAUGGAUUGAAGGAUCAUCGGUAUGUGUGUAUUCGAACGUAUCAGAUUUGGUUUAAAUCUACACGCUCAACUGAUGCUAAACGGAAGCACAAAUGGUGUAUUAUUAAUAGGUUUAUACAUACACCUUUCAUGUUUUAUCAGUAUGUUAGUAAAAUCAGGCCUGUUAGUGGAAAACGAGACAUCAGUUCCGUAUGCUCUGGUGUGGUAGGAUACUACAAGGUGCGUGCCGUUGAUUUUUAUGGUCGGAAAGGACCAUUUUCUACACCGGUUCAUUAUGGGACCAACGCAACGUUUCACUUUGGUUCAUCAAAGGAGAAACAUAUCAACUAACAUGAUGAAGACAAAACGGUAAUGGCUUGUGCAAACAAUGUCCAUUUUUUAUGCUAUAAAAAGUUUCGAUUGAGGCACAUUAUAGCAGUAGGGAACCAUCUCAUCUACUAGCUCCACAUCGUAUUAAAGACAUCUAACAUCAACAACACGCCAGACGUUAUCCAGUGAUUGAAGAACAAAGUCCUAGAAUCUUGCUGCUUUGCUCAAGCACAAAGAUGCAGCACUAAAGAGGUCCAUCUAAAUGUUACUCAAUUCGACGCAAACGACAAAUGCACCAAGGUUGAGGCCGCCAAUAUUUGACGCAUCAAUGUAGACCAGCGGUUGGCAAAGACAGGCCCGUGGGCCAAAUACGAUCCUCCACAACAUUCAAUUAGGCCCGCGAAAUAAUUUGCCUUAUUUUGAAAGUUAUUAAGAAACAAUUCGGAAGUAAAUUACUGAACAGAUUUUAGUAUUACAUUUUAGUGUUGGGAAAUACGAAUACUAAGAGGGAUUCGAAUCUUCGAAUCCUAAUCCCUCUUUGGGUAAUGGGUAAUUUUCAUCAAUUGAUUUAACUUUAUCAUUAAGCCACAUUUACUAAAUUAUUCUCCUUUUAAUCCAUCAAAAAUGAUAUUAAAAACGUUUGUUUUCAAUAGCGAUUCAAACGAUUAGCGGAUUUCUCGUAAAUCCUAUUGGAAACCAAUCGAUAAUAGAUUGCGAUCGUAAUCCCAAUCGAUUUGCAACCGAAUUCCAAUGGAAUCGCUAUCGAAUCCCCAUCGAAACAUAUAAACGGGAUCCGAUCCGAUCGAAUCUUUGUAGGGAAUAAAUCUUCGAAACUUUCUACUCCCGAACCGCCAAACACUAUUACAUUUCAAAUUGUCCCCCACUUUCAACAUUCAUUAUAGUAAUAUGGAUUGAGGAAAGUAUCAUUACGGUCGAACUCGAGGUUAAAAUUCUCGUAUGUGAAGCAUACAUUAUUAUUAUUAUUAUUUUAUUAUUUGAAAGUGUCCGCCAAAGUGGCUUAACAAAGUGUGUGAUUAAUGUUAGUUGACGAGAGGAAAUAAGGAUGACGGGUACAGGUUACAUGGACUGGAGUGAAGAAAAAUCACGAAGACGUGAACGUAAUCGAGACACUUGGACAUUAAAGUCAAAUAAUUGAUAAAAGUUGUUGAUAGCCGAUAGAGCUCGGAGAAAAGGAUCGUUCGAACCGUAGCGGGUCUGGCGGGAUGGGAUGGAUAGGGAAGGUAUAUCAUGAAGGCGACGAGAGGGCGCAUAGAGAGUAAUGGCGGAUAAGAGGGAUGGGAUGACAAGUUCAUUUAAAAGGAGAGCUGAGAUGAAACUUGCAGGGAUGUGGGAAUGUCUAUCUUCGAUGGGGAGUAAUCUAAGAAGGCGACAUCGGAUAGAAUAUGAAGGAAGGGAUUGAUGAGAACCGAGAAGGAAGCGUCUACUCGAGUGAACUUACGCUGGACACUCUCCAGCCUGGCCAUCGCUGUCGCGCCUGGAGGAGAUCAAACAACGGCGACGUAUUCCAAGAUAGGUCGGACCCAGUAGCAGAGACUUUAAGCAUAGGGUAUCGCGGAUUUCAGAAGCGAGUCUUAUAAUGAGUCCCAAUGACUUGUUGGCCUUGUUCAUGACAUGAUCAACAUGUGUAUUAAAGAACAGCUGCUCGUCCAGCCACACAACCAGAUCCUUUACCGACGAUACUCGACGUAUGACAGUAUCACAUAGGGAGUAGCUGAACGGAAUGAACGCAGAUCUGGUAAACGAAAUAACGCAACACUUAUUAGGACAAAGGUGAAGGCCAUUGUUGUUACACCAAACAGAGAAGGAGUUCAGUAAAUAAAACGAAAUGAAGGGGGCUGAUAACACUUCCUUGAGGGACUCUAGAGAGGCCCGUGAAAGAAUCUGACAAGCAGGACGAAACUCUAACACAGAUAGGAUUUGAACCAUGACAGUAAUCGACCUCCGACACCGAGUCUUUCGAGUUUGGUAAUCAAGGGGUCAAGGGGGAAACUGUCGAAGGCAGCCUUAAAAUCCGUGUAUAUGGCAUCAGUUUGGCGACCAGAUAUCGUAUUACAGAGAACAGAAGAAACAAAACCCAUAACGUUGGAUGAGGUUGUGCGUUGGUUGUGGGAAUGAAACCAUGUUGGUGCGGAGAGAGGUGUCCAACGAUGGUAGAAAGGAUGGAUUUGUGCAUCAAGGAUUCGAGGACUUUGGACGGUGAACAUAGUAGGGGGAUGCCGCGGUAGUUAGCCCCCACACAUCGGUCCCCCUUUUUAUGUAUGGGAACCAACCACGCGGACUUCCAAUUAUAUCUACACGACAAUAAAAUGAGCAUUUGAAACAGAAGCGAUUAUUUAAAAAAUCCUCAUUAUUUUUUGCGGCAUGGAAGGACGGCUUCAUUAAGAAGCAAUAUUGCACCUUUGUUGUUUUCAUUCAUUUCAUUUCAUUACAAUUUAACGUACUCUGUUGCCGAUCCUUAACUGACGAAUCUUUACAAUUAGUUUUAAUAUGAGAAUCACUAAUUUGAAACCUUCUUGUCUGUAUGAUAUAAUUACAAAAAAACAACAAUCGCAUCCGA